UUGUUAAGGAUAGGUCCAGUCCAUUGGCAAGCGAAUGACGUGCGACAGCUUCUUAUUCAUAUUAAAUUAGGCGAGCACAUCAGAUCUAGAGAUUCUGGCGGGUUUACGAAUUCAGUCGCCAAAUCAUCAGAAAUGCAGUCUAUUGAAUCCUCAUUCAAUUCAGUGGCACAUAUGAGCCAUUCGGGUUAUUAUCAGCCGACUCAUUCUGAUAUCCCCGCGCCAUUAGCGGGUUGCAGCAUUCUUGAGUAUCCAGCUUCCUUAACUAGCCCCGGUUCUCUAUCUGGCAAAAUCUUACCCAACUCAGCUAAUUGUCUCUCCUCGCCUCCUGUUACUUCUAUCGGCGAGUAUCACCAUCAGCCUGGCUAUGCUCAAAUUCCGACCUCCCAUCCUCCUUUGACAUCAGCUUCUUCCAUUUAUCCUCCUUUGACAUCAGCUUCUUCCAUUUAUCCUCCAUUUCCUCAACAUACCUCACAACAAUAUAUUCCAACCCUUUUGUCUGCAUCGAAGCCUCUGCCCUCGAUUCCGAUCGCAUCAGGGGUCGCAACAUCCGCUCAGCCUAGUUUUGUUGCCCCUCCGAUGCUUCAUGUUGGUCAGAAGCCUGCGCCAUACCCACCCAAACUAGACCUUUCAGGGAAUAUGCCUCCACCUCCGCAGGUUUCUCAUUACCUUCCACCCUGUCAACCGCUUUCUACUGCCGCUGUGCCCUUAAGGACAUCUGCCUCGCCUCCCUCAUUUCAGCCUCCUGUUCCACAAUAUCAGCAAGCUACAUUGCCUCUUCCACCGAGCAGUGGUUAUAGUGGCCACCAAGUGUCCCAAGGCCUGUCAGGCCCUCCUCCUCGGGCACCUGGCUCUGCGGUUACCAAUGCCGAUUGGCGUCGUUUGCACGCUCCGAUCAAUCUUCUGGAGGAGCAUCAUCUUUUGCCAACCGAUGGCGAUCUGGACUAUGUUCCUCUGCCGAAGAUUAACUCCUCGGUAGUGUUAAUUUAA